AUGCCGGCGUCAUCUGCUCAGCCUCCUCUUGCACAGCAGUUACUGUUCCUGCUCACACUCUCAGACCCCAUUGCAGACCCCAUUGAAUUGCAGCAUUUUAAAUUGGUGCAUGUUAUACCUUCAAUUAAAGUUUCCUCAUUUUCAACAGAAGAUGUUCAGAUCAGACUGAUGGACGGCGGGAGUUCGUGUGCUGGGAGAGUGGAGAUUUACUACAACGGAACCUGGGGGACGGUGUGUGAUGACUCCUGGGGAUCAAUUGAGUCGAAUGUUGUGUGCAAACAGCUGGGAUGUGGAUCUGCAGUUCAUACAACAUCUGCGGCCACUUGUGGACGAGCCUCAGCUCCAGUUUGGCUGGAUGACGUGAGAUGUUCAGGAAAGGAAUCAGCUCUCUGGGAAUGUCCCUCUUCUCCAUGGGGGCAACAUGACUGUUAUCAUAAAGAAGAUGUGAGCAUCGUGUGUGAAGAGCACAAGAUGCUGCGGCUGGCGAAUGGGCUACAUUCCUGCGAGGGGAGAGUGGAAGUGUUUUACAAUGGGACCUGGGGCACAGUCUGCUCGGACUCCAUGGGAAUCGACGAAGCUGAGGUAAUCUGCAAACAGUUAGAUUGUGGCAAAUCUCUCGAAGUUGAAUAUGAUGGAAAAUUUGACGAAGGAUCUGGACCUAUUUGGUUGGAUGACAUGGAGUGCAAUUCAAACGAAUCCUUCUUGUGGCAGUGCUCCUCACGACCUUGGGGUGAACAUAACUGUGUUCAUUCGGAAGAUGUGGGUGUGAUGUGUUCAGAGAAAGCUCCGGAAAAAACGGAGAGGGCAAAACUAUGCGAUGGGAGAUCACCGGAUCAGCAGAUUCGUUUAUCAGGACAAGAGUUGCGGUUGGUUGGAGGAAGCAGCAUUUGCUCUGGCAGAGUUGAAAUAUUGAGCAAUAACACGUGGGGGACGGUGUGUGACGACUCCUGGGAUAUCCGAGAGGCCAGUGUGGUGUGCAGACAGCUUGAUUGCGGCCCCGCCGUGCGGGCUGUGGGACAGGCGGGUUCGGACAAGGCGUUGGUCAGAUAUGGCUGGACGAGCUUCACUGCAGAGGAAGUGAAUCCUUUCUGUGGGAUUGUGUCUCUUCAUCCGCGGGUCAAAGUGACUGCCUUCACAAGGAAGAUGCUGGUGUGGUUUGCUCCGCUGAUCAACAUCCCUUUUGUGGUCUGCAUCGCGCUUGGAAUCCUGUUAGCAAUGGUACUGUUUGUACUGAUUGUACAGAUGGACAGCAAUUCUUCAGUAACAGAGGAAAAAUAUCCGUCUGUUCGUUUGUAUCAAGCAAUUUAUGAAGAAAUUGAGGAACGACCAAUCAGAAGAAGAAAUUUUGAGUCUGGCUCCUCUGUUUCAGGAUCCAACGAUUCUAUCAGUAAACUGGAGUACUACACUGGGGAGAGUUUGAACGGAUCUGAUGCAGAACAAGGAAACGCUGAAGUGUUUCUUCCGAAUGAUCAUCUUCAGGAAGAUUAUGAUUAUGACGUCGCUGAGAGCGGAACCUUCGAGAUGGCGGAACGUGACCUUCUCCUGGUCACUGACACACACCCUGAUGUUCCCUCACUGACCAGCCCCACUGUCCAGGAAGCCUCGCUCUCUCAGGAGGGUGGACACCACACAGACAGUGACCCGCUGAUUCCUGUUGACUCCAGUCAGUGUGAUUAUGAUUAUGAUGAUAUUGACUGUGAGAAUGACACCGAGAAGCACAGGCCGCUUCCCAUUGGGAAUCAAAGGGCAUCUCCCGAGCUUUGCACCGUCUAA